CGUGCCUUUACGGAGCUGAGAUGACAGCGAGGCUGGCGUGUUAGGGUUGGUGAUUUGACCGUGAACUGGCUGUUGUAGCAGACAACAGCAUCUGCGGUUCGGGAGAAACGCCACCACCCGCUAGCUUCUACCGCACUCCGGAAUGGCUGCCGCAACACGGUCACCGCUAAGUGGCGAGUAGCAUCCCAGUCCCACCCGCUGUCUCCCAAAAAGCGUAUUGGUUGCCGCUAGAUCGCUCGUGGGCCGUCCCUUCAAGAGUGCAGUACUCCCGCUGCCGUGGGUUGGUCGAGUUCAGCACUGCCGAUUCAACCUGACAAGAUGCAGCUUCUUAUUCUGACCGUCGCUGCCGUAGCUACGUUGCUCGGUUCGGCGGCCGUUGCAGAUCAAGUGCAACCAAAGGUGCAAACGAGCACCGGCGGAACAAUCAUCGGCCAUGGAGUAUCGAACAAGACCAGCGUCACAGAGUUCCUGGGCAUCCGAUAUGCCGAAGCGCCAGUCGGCGAGCUGAGAUUCGCAGCCCCUAAGAGAUACGUGGCGCCUCAAGACCUUAUCUUUGAGGCCUCGGAGUGGUCAGCCGAUUGUCCGUCAAACAAGCCACCAGUCAGCGCAUUCCCCAACUUCACGCAGCCUUCUGGUUUGCGUGUGUGGAAGAAUUUCGCAGCUCAGAAUAGCAACCCUGUAUCUGAAGAUUGCCUGAAGCUCAACAUUUGGACCAAGAACGCAGGCAACACCAAAGCAAAGAAGCCAGUCUUGGUGUUCCUCCACGGGGGACGUUUCCAGAUUCCCGGUCCGCACAGCCCACUGUACAGCGGUCAGUAUUUGGCUGAUAGUCAGGAUGUAGUUGUGGUCACGCCCAACUACCGCCUUGGUAUGUUUGGCUUUUCAGGCGCUCCCGGUGUAGAGGCAAAUGCUGCGCUCAAAGAUCACCGCGCUGCUGUCGAGUGGGUGCGCGACAACAUUGCGGCAUUCGGUGGUGACCCAUCACGCAUUGUCAUUUUCGGCCAGAGUGCUGGAGGUGCCAGUGUAGACUACUGGUCAUUCGCCUGGAAGAAAGAUCCAAUCGUCGCUGGACUCAUUCCCAUGUCUGGAACUUCACUCAGUUUCUUGCCCAACACACCUGAUUAUGCUGGGACCCUGUGGUACAACGUCUCGCAAACAGUUGGCUGUGGCGGACCUAAGGAUGAUGCCGCCACUGUACUAUCAUGUGUUCGAACCAAGGAUACCUCGGUUCUUCUGGCCGCUGCUGCGAAGGUUCCCGCGCUUCCUACUCAGGCGCUGGCUCAGGCAACUUUCCACCCAACUGUAGACAACAUCACCGUCUUCGCAGACUACCAAGCCUUGGCCGGAUCCGGGAACUUCGCUAAGAUUCCUCUCUUGACUGGCAAUGCUGACCAGGAAGACGGAUGGUACCGAAUCUCAGGCUGGGCUGCUAAGCUGAACUUCACCAAUGCUCAGUGGGAUCUCUUCACUGAACGCGGCUUUACCUGCCCGGUUGCACUUUCGACCAAGUACAGGAUCCAAUAUGGCGUGCCCACCUGGCGUUAUCGCUACUUCGGCGACUUUGAGAACCUCCGCCUGUACAACUCAACUGCUGGUCUGAGUCCCAGAGGUAGCGCUACUUACCACGGAGUCGACCUGAACAUUAUUUUCGGAACUGCGACAGACAACUCAGGUCUCGCUAAUACUGCUGCGCAGGACGCUACCAUCAAGUACGUUCAGGGAGCGUACGCGGCAUUUGCCCAGAAUCCAAAGAAGGGCCUGACACAGUACGGAUGGCCUGCUUACGAGGAGACUGGCAAAACUCUUGUUGGACUUGCCUACAACAACAGCCCAAAGCCGACAUUCUUCGAGGCAACUACGUAUGACAAGGCUUGCCCUCCGAAGAACGAUCCUCUUCCUGGACGCGGAGCUUUCUAGAGAGAGCUUGACUCGCUGUACAAUAUGUAGCACAACAACACUAAUAGCUGAUACACCACCUGCACGCGCAAUAUCUGAUCCCAAUCAACAUCUUUGAGCCAGCACUUAGCGCAUGGUCGCGAGUGCUGAGACACGACUCAUUUGUCCCGGUAGGCCGGCUCCAUAGUAUCAUCCGGUAAUUGCACUCGGGAUGGCAUAGGGGGGGGGGGGGG